CUGAGGGACUGGAGGUUAGGCCGUGGUGAUCACAUCCUGGUUUCCACAUCGCUGCCCAGUUCACGGCGGUUUCACUCCUCACGGUUUUGUUUUGUUUUGUUUUUCCCUCUGCAACGUGAGUGGCGUUGCCUCGCAGUGAUUUCCGUGGGCGUCGCUAAAGAAGGACCUGGGAGGAGAGGAAGCCGCUGCAAACUGGCCAAGCUCCAGAAGGCGUGGAAGUUCCUCCGCGUUUCCCAUUUUACCUCGGCGUGAGCAGCGCGCUCUUCCCGGGCAUUGGUGGUCCCGGCACGUUGUGGGUGGUAUUCAUUGCCCAGACGCUCCGUGUAAUUAGGAGAGAGGAAAACCACCGGUUUCCAGCAUUUCUCGUGGAGGAGAACUAAGCGAUAGGAAAAUGUCUAUUUUCCCUAAAAUAUCUUUGAGACUUGAGGUUGAAAACUAUCUGAAAGCGGGCUUUAUGAAUAAGGAGGUUGUAUCUGCUUUAGGUAAAGAAGAAGCAGAAAGGAAGUUUGAAACUCUGUUACAGAAGUUGUCCCACCCUCCAUCAUUCACUACUGUCAGAGUAAACACGCAUCUAGCCUCAGUACAACAUGUGAAAAGUCUGUUAUUUGAUGAGCUUCAGAAGCAGUUUAAUGGAUUAAGUUUUCCUAUUCUUCAACAUCCAGACCUUCAGGAUGUCUUACUUAUUCCUGUUAUUGGACCUAGGAAUAAUAUAAAACAACAGCCCUGUGAAGUUAUUGUUGGAGCCCAGUGUGGCAAUGCAGUCUUAAGAGGAGCCCACGUCUAUGUUCCAGGAAUCAUGUCAGCCUCAAAAUUUAUGAAAGGUGGAGAUGUUGUUUCCGUGUACUCUGAUAUUAAAGGCAAAUGUAAGAAAGGAGCCAAAGAAUUUGAUGGAACAAAAAUAUUUCUUGGAAAUGGGAUUUCUGAACUAAGCCGCAAAGAGAUCUUCAGCAGGCUCCCUGAACUGAAAGGCAUAGGCGUAAGAAUGACAGACCCAGUGUAUCUGAGCCCCUCAUUUGACAACGUACUGCCUAGCUACUUAUUUUUACAAAAUUUGCCAUCUGCUGUAGUAAGUCAUGUUCUGGAUCCUCAGCCUGGAGAGAAGAUUCUAGAUUUGUGUGCGGCCCCUGGAGGCAAAACAACACACAUUGCAGCGCUGAUGCAUGAUCAGGGAGAAGUGAUAGCACUGGAUAAAAUAUCCAACAAAGUAGAAAAAAUAAAGCAGAAUGCAUUAUUGUUAGGGCUAAAUUCCAUCAGGGCAUUUUGCUUCGAUGGAACAAAGGCCCUUAAACUUGAUAUGGUUAAGGACACAGAUGGAGAACCUCCAUUCUUACCAGAAUCUUUUGACCGAAUUCUCCUGGAUGCUCCCUGCAGUGGAAUGGGACAGAGACCAAACAUGGCUUGUACUUGGACUUUGAAGGAAAUGACAUCAUAUCAACCAUUACAGCGAAAACUCUUCACUGUGGCAGCUGAGCUGCUGAAGCCGGGGGGCGUGCUGGUGUAUAGCACGUGCACUGUCACCCUAGCAGAAAAUGAAGAACAGGUCGCCUGGGCCCUCAAGACAUUUCCUCACCUUCAGCUUCAGCGCCAGGACCCACAGGUUGGAGGAGAAGGGAUGCUGGGAGCUGGCCUGUCAUCUGAACAACUGAAGCGGCUGCAGCGAUUCGAUCCCUGUGUGGUGCCGUCACAGGACAGUGACACUGGUUCUCUCAGAGACGCCAGGAUAGAAGACAUGAUUUGGCUCGCAAAUAAGGAUUGUAUAGGCUUUUUCAUUGCAAAAUUUGUAAAAUGCAAAAGCACGUAGGAGAAGGAUCCUUAGAAAUGAAAGUUCCAAACGUUUUCCUUUUUUUUUUUUUUCUUUUUUUGAACCAAAAACUGUUGUCAGGCCAUGUGAUUGAUGCCAUGGUUGCUGAGGAAACAGAAAAGGCUGCCGGCUGUUCCACCAGGAAUCAAGAGACUGUACUUCACAGAGGAAGUAGCCGGCGGGUGGAGAGGGGGGCACUUUGAGACUAUAUCUUGUGUGUUUAAAAUACUUUUCCUUUAUGGAUUUAGCAGAGUAUAAAGAAAAGGAGUUGCCUGAAGAUGUCUGGAACAUAUUUUCAUUUGGGGUCUUUGUUUUAAUUUGUAAAGAAUGCAAGUCAUUUUUAAUGUUAAAAUAAGUGGAUUUAACAAAAGGAAUAAA